CUGCCGAAUAAAUCCGGACGGGCGCGAGAUCCCUUGCCUCCCUCGGACUCCACUCCACACAGCCCUGCCCGCGCGCUGGCUCACCCACACGCAUCACAGAUCGGAGAUCACACGCCCGCACGCACGCCCGCACGCAGCCCCGCAGUUGGUGCGUCCUCCUCCCUGCGCUCCCCUUCCCCUUCACUUCAAAGACACCGAGCCCGGGAAUCCAGAGGCAGAAGCAAGCAAGGUGGAGGGAGACUUGCGCCUCACAAAAGUGAGAGCGAGCAGCGGGAGGUGGAGGUGGCGGUGGAGUGGAAGCAGGGACCAUUAGAUUCUUGAUGCUGGGCUUGGAAGUUCCUGCAGGGUGAUCAUGCUUUCCCCGGAGACCAAAGCCGUGUGGCCCUGAGCAGCCUUAGGUGACCCGACCCAGGCUUAGUGUUGCGGAGAGGGGAAGAGAGAGCGCGGGAGGGAGAUGACGAGGGGGUUGGGAGCAGGGGACGAGCUGCUGUUCAGGGGCACCAUCUCCCGGAAAUGGACCUCUCUGCUCUGCCUCAGCAGCUUCUGCGUAGGCCUCAUCUUCACCAACAGGAUGUGGACCGUCCCGGAAUCCAAAGAAAUAAUCAGGAGGUCGGCCCUCGAAUUGGACAAAAUGAAUCUCGUCUCUUCUAGUGAUUGUGCGCUCAAAAGCAUUAACGAGCCGAGAGACGACAUCGGGCAAGUCCAAAGAAUUGAAGAUGCCAUACAGACCCUGGACAAAACAAUAUCAAACUUAGAAAUGGAGCUAGCAUCGGCGAAGGCGACGCAGGACUCCAUCCUCAAUGGCGGCGUGCCGUCAUCGGAACCGACGGCGAAACGGAAGUACUUCAUGGUCAUCGGCAUCAACACCGCGUUCAGCAGCCGGAAGCGGCGAGAUUCAGUUCGUGCUACAUGGAUGCCUCAAGGCGAGAAAAGAAGGAAGAUGGAAGAGGAGAAGGGCAUCAUCGUCCGUUUCGUCAUAGGUCAUAGUGCGACAUCUGGUGGGAUACUCGACAGAGCAAUUGACGCAGAAGACAGAAAGCAUGGCGACUUCUUGAGGCUGGACCACGUUGAAGGCUACCUGGAGCUCGCAGCAAAGACGAAAUCCUACUUCGCCAAAGCUGUGUCCAUGUGGGAUGCAGAGUACUUCGUCAAGGUGGACGAUGACGUGCAUGUAAACAUAGCAACUCUUGGAGGCAUAUUGGCCAGGCAUCGCUCGAAGCCUCGAGCUUACAUCGGCUGCAUGAAAUCAGGCCCGGUCCUUGCUCAGGAGGGUGUGAAAUACCAUGAGCCUGAGUACUGGAAAUUCGGCGAAUGGGGGAACAAGUACUUCCGGCAUGCGACCGGUCAGCUCUAUGCCAUCUCCAAGGAUCUGGCCUCUUACAUAUCAAUCAACCAGCAUGUUCUCCACAAAUAUGCCAACGAGGACGUGUCGAUAGGAGCAUGGUUCAUCGGAGUAGAUGCCGAGCACGUCGACGAUCGCCGGCUCUGUUGCGGCACGCAUCCAGAUUGUGAACGGAAGGCUCAGUCGGGGAAUGUGUGCGCCGCGUCGUUCGACUGGAGCUGCAGCGGCAUCUGCAAGUCGGCGGAUCGGAUCAAGGAGGUUCAUCGGCGCUGCGGUGAGAGUGCGAACGCCAUCUGGAACGCAACCUUCUAAACUGAAGAUUCUUCAGACUUUAUAAAACUGCUGAAAGAAGAAAGGCUCAUACCAUCUACAUACACAAUUCGUGCUUUAACGGAGGGUGGCUGGAUAUUAUAACGAUCAACUGGAAUAUGUGAAGAUGGUGGAUGGAAGAAAAUUCGUUGGUGGCCCAUUCAGAGCGCGUACCAAGACCGUGAGAUGACUGUACACAGUACACUCAUGUACAACUACAGGCACGGCCGACAGCAACAGUCUUGUUCUUCUUUCUUGCGUUCAUUCUUCUUUUUGAUUUAAUCUUUUAGUGGGUUGAUUGACUAGGAAUUGUAUCGGUGUACGUAGGGGAACUUUUCUGUUUUAGUGCUUGAAAGGAUCCCGGCAGAAUUACUUAUAAA